UCUCCUGCCCAGACUGUGCUGGGAACCCACAGCGACAGGUUUUUAUGAGAAAGAAGAUUCAAUUACGAAUAUUACGAGCUUCAUACGACAUUAUGUAGGACAUUUGUGCCGCACGGCAGCGAGCAGUAUGUUUGGAGACAUCGAGACUUCUGGAAAACAGCCAAAGAUCUAACAGAGGCUCGAGGGUUAUUCGGUUAGACACUAACAAGCCUCAUUCUCUCCUAUUAUACUGGAGUCUUAAUUAUGUUUCUCUUCAAAACCUGGUCAACUGUAAGACUGGUCGCUGUCUUACUGAGUUUGGGGAUUCAGCAGAGCACAUGGAGAGCAGUGGAAAUGAUCCAUCCAGAAUGUGAUGUGGUGGCUGAGCAUAUGAAGGCUCGAGAGCAAUGCAUUCACACUCAAAGACAAGAGGCCCGCAACAGCAACAAUAUCACUGGGUGUCGUACCGAGUGGGAUGAUUUUUUGUGCUGGUACAGGGCAGAGGUCGGACAGGUUAUCAACAUCUCCUGUCCCGAAGUGUUACAGUUCUUUGUGAUUAAUCAUGGUUUCAUAAUUAGGAAUUGCACCAAGAGUGGCUGGACCAAAGUCUACCCAUCCUAUCAGAACGCUUGUGAGGUUGUGGAGGAUGUGGAAUCAGAAACUGAGACCACAUAUUACUCCACUUUCAGGCAGGUGUACACUGCGGGUUACGCUACCUCUCUGAUUUCCCUCAUCUCUGCCAUCUUUGUGUUCACAGCCUUCAGGAAGUUCCACUGCACAAGAAACUACAUUCACAUUAAUCUCUUUGCCUCCUUCAUCCUGCGAGCCAGUGCGAUCUUCAUCAAAGAUGCAGUUCUCUUUGGCGAUGACAAUCUGGACCACUGCUUCAUGUCAACAACCUCUUGCAAGGCGGUGGUGGCUUUCUUUCAGUUCAGUAUCCUGGCUAACUACUUUUGGCUGCUGGUUGAGGGGAUGUAUCUACAGACUCUUCUAGCUCUAACUUUUGUCUCACAAAAGAAGUAUUACUGGUGGUACAUACUUAUUGGCUGGGGUCUACCGACACUAAUACUGACCAUCUGGGUUCUAGCAAGGAAUUUUUUUGAUAACAGAGGGUGCUGGGAUGACACAGAUGUUGCUUACUUUUGGUGGAUUAUCAAAGGACCAAUCACAGGGUCUCUCCUGAUCAAUUUCCUCAUCUUCAUAAAUGUGAUCCGGAUUCUUGUGCAGAAGCUGAAGUCUCCAGGAAUUGGUGGAAGUGAGACCAACCACUUCAUGAGACUGGCCAAGUCUACCCUCUUCCUGAUUCCUCUGUUUGGCAUGCACUACAUGGUUUUUGCCUUCCUGCCAGAGAACACAGGAGAAAACGCUCGCCACUUUCUUGAACUCGGCCUGGGUCCCUUUCAGGGUUUUGUUGUGGCUCUUUUGUACUGUUUUCUCAAUGGAGAGGUACAAGCAGAAGUGAAGAAGAGACUGUGGAAGUGGCAGACACAAAAUUAUUUGAGAUACAGUAAGAGAAGACGAACCCUCUUUACUGAGAGCAGCACAGUCACACAAAUCUCGGUUUUAGAGAAGUCCAGCCCUAAGGAGCUGCCCUUAACUGAGUCCCACAACAGUGUGUCAUCUGUCUGAAAAUCAAGCUUUACAUUUCAUCUCAUUCCUCUCUUUGUCUUUCAAGAAACCUCUUAACAAAGGUCCUCCAUUGAGGUUCACUUUACCCUGAUUAAACACAUGGGCCUGUAGUUUUUCAGUAAUCCUGACUAAUUUGAUGGGCUUGUUUAGGUGUUUCUUUGUAGAUUGUAGUUAAAGGACACAUAGGCCAGGUUUGAAGAACCAUGCUCUAAAAGAUUAAAUUCAUUGAAAAUUUUCAAUUACAUGCCAAUUCAUAAAAAAUGUGUUGAAGUUAUAAUAUGGUUCAAACAUAUUGUUUUUUCGACACAUUACUGAAACAAGCUUUCAAAUUGAUGCUGAUACGAAAAUGCUCUCUAUUUUUUAUCACAAUGCAGAAGCACAAACCAUGUUCUUUAGUUUCCUCUAUUCUAUAUUCUAUCCAUAAUUUGUAUUUUUCACUCCAUUGUUUGUCAGUUGAGACAUAUUGUCUGCUUGGCUUGAAAGUUGAGAUUGCAUAGAUGUAUAAAUGUUAAACAAAGCUAAUUGCCUUAUAAGAAACAGAGACCUCAUUUUGGAUUCUCCACAAAC